AAGAAAAGUGGAAGAAUCUCCGAAGUGUUCCGCGAUUAUUGUAUUUGAGUCGUAUAGACAAUCUGGUGGACGAUCCUCGCCGUAACGAAAGUGUCGGAGUCAUGAAGUACAUCCUCGUCACUGGUGGUGUGAUUAGUGGAAUCGGUAAAGGCGUGAUAGCCUCAUCUCUUGGAGCCAUCCUCAAGGCGUACGGAUUGCAUGUUACAGCCAUCAAAGUUGAUCCUUACAUAAACAUAGACGCGGGAACAUUUUCUCCGUAUGAACACGGCGAAGUAUUCGUGCUUGCGGAUGGAGGAGAAGUUGAUCUUGAUUUAGGAAAUUAUGAGCGUUUCCUGGACGUGACGCUUCAUCGUGAGAAUAAUAUCACCACUGGGAAAAUUUAUCAGGAAGUCAUAACGCGAGAACGUAAAGGAGACUACCUGGGAAAGACGGUGCAAGUGGUUCCGCACAUAACGGAUUCGAUCCAGGAAUGGGUGCAGCGUGUAUCGAAAACCUCUGUGACUGCGGACGGGAAAGAACCCGAAAUUUGCAUCAUUGAGCUUGGAGGAACGAUUGGGGAUAUUGAAGGAAUGCCUUUCAUCGAGGCAUUCCGUCAAUUCGAGUUUAGGCUGCCUAAAAACUCCUUCUGCUGUGCUCAUGUCAGCUUGAUUCCACAGCCAAAAUCAACUGGCGAACCGAAAACAAAACCGACGCAAGCGAGCGUUCGUGAAAGCCGUCGUCUCGGCUUGAGCCCGGAUUUAAUCAUAUGUCGAUCAGAGUUACCUGUGGACGAAUCAGUGAAGGACAAAAUCUCCAACUUUUGUCAUGUUAAACCUAGACAAGUGAUCUCCCUUCCGGAUUGCAGCUCUAUAUACCGUGUACCGGCUAUGCUAGAAGCUCAAGGGGUUGGGGGUUAUUUAAUGGAGCAUUUUGCUUUGAAUUUAGUGGACCCUAAAAUUCCUAGGAAGCAAUUGAAGUCGUGGACAAGAUUGAGUGAGCGCAUGGAAAAUCUUAGGAAAACUGUCAAAAUAGCACUGGUUGGGAAGUAUACUCAGCUGGAAGAUGCUUACAUGUCGGUGCGAAAAGCGUUGCAGCAUGCAUCUGUUGCCUCUUCUCGAAAGUUGGAACUUGUGGUGUGUAUUUCAUCAUUCGCUUCGUCCUAUUUGUCCAUUAUUGACAUUUGUUUUCGUCUUUUGCCUACUUGUAUUAUAUUCAAGUACAUUGAAGCUGAUGAUCUGGAAGAAGAGGCCAAACACUCGAGGAAAUGCGUCUUCCACGAUGCCUGGAAAAAUCUGUGUUCUGCGCACGGAAUUCUAGUUCCUGGAGGAUUUGGAACGCGGGGGACUGAAGGAAAAAUUGCUGCUAUCAAUUUUGCUCGCACUCAUCAUGUGCCAUUUCUUGGGAUAUGCAUGGGAAUGCAGUGCAUGGUGAUUGAAUUUGCUCGCAAUGUUUUGAAGUGGGAAAGUGCAAAUUCUACAGAAUUUGAUGAGAAGACUCCAUACCCAGUUGUGUUUGAAAUGCCUGAACAUCAUCCUGGGGUCAUGGGUGGUACAAUGCGACUUGGAUUGAGGAAAACCAUUCUGAAUGAUUCUAAGUCUUUGAUAAAAAAAUUAUACCAAGGGGCCUCUGAAGUACAAGAACGCCAUAGGCAUCGUUAUGAAGUGAAUCCCAAAUUUGUUCCAAAUUUUGAAGCUGCAGGAUUGAAAUUUGUGGGCCAAGAUGUGGAUGGAGAAAGAAUGGAAUGUGUGGAGCUUCCUUUACAUCCCUUCUAUGUUGGCGUCCAGUUUCAUCCUGAGUAUCAAACCCGUCCGUUGAAGCCAAGUGCUGUGUAUUUGGGUUUUGUGAUGGCCGCUUCUGGAAAGCUUCCCGCAUUAUGGACGAAGCAGAAUGCCAAGUUUGCAUCCUCUGAUUCUACAUUCGAUUCGGAUUCAGAAGGUAUUGCUUCCGAAGAAAGUGGCUUUCUGUAUGAUUUGUCUACCUCGGGUGUUUCUUCAGCUGGAGCUCCUGACAAUUUAGUGCAGUCUGAAUACGAAGAAUACUGACUCAUGUGUAUAUAGUUGUGUAUUGCUCUCUUGCUGCUCUUCCUUGACUUGGUUGAUGAUGAAUGCGCCCUUGUUGCAUCUGUGAAAGCUUUUCUUCCAUUCCUUUAUUUUCUCCAAUAUCGUCAAACCGCGAUAAUCCGCCGUUUUUUGUGAAGUUUGUUGCAGUUUUGACUGGGUUGCUGGUUAAAAAAAAUGCAAUCCCGGUAUUAUGGGGAAUACAAUUCUUAUUCUUCUGGAAAAAGUAAAAAUAAGCCUGGCAUGCAUAAAUUAUGUAUCAAGCUAAUGUUCACUUCAAGUUUUAAAACAAAAUGGGGCAAAAUUGAUUUUUUUUUUUUAUAAAUGGGGAGUAUUCGUUUUUUGAGACAAUUUCCAGAUUUUUAAGCAAAUUUUUUUAUGUUCUGAAGUGUCCUUCAGUCAAAGGUUGGGGCCCCACUUUAUUGCGC